GCUAUUAUAAUGAAAUCCUGUCAUCACAGCUACUGGUUUAGCCCCAGUGUACGAGACAGUGAGGUUUCGCUUACUACUUCCGAUCGCCCUCAAAACUUGCUCUCCGACCUGCCUUUCGGCGACUCGCAACAACCGAGUCUUAUUGUUCUCCUUGGAACGGAUGAGAAGACAUUAGCUUUGCAGGAGCUAGCCUCCACUAAAUCCGAGCCACGACGGUUAGCAAAGCUAGGGUACGGCGAGACGCACCUUCAUCUUGACUCUUCGACUGCUUUCAGUGACAGGCCGGUCCUGUUCGCGGGUGGCAACUUUACACCACAUUAAACCAAGCAGAGCAAUAGCGAGUGAAGGCUGCCAUGAUUUAAAGACAAGAUACCUACCAAGACUAAGAAAUGACCUCCCAUUGAUCUUUUUGAGGCAGCUGACCAGGUCUAUGUAAGGCUUCUUUUGCCUUUCACUGACGUGUUCUGUAUCAACACGGCGCCGUUCGAUACGCUUAGCAAAGCACCGACUGGCUUAGACCUGCACUCUUUGCAUGUCGUAUCUGUGACAUUGGGUUUGAAGGAGCUGCUGAUUUACACAUGGCUAUUCAGCACACACCAUGGGCAGUAGGGCUGUGAUGACCAUAAGAUAUGAGCGUAUGGUGGGUGGUUAUAUACUGGUGGUCGAGAGAGCGGACUCCGACUUUACGUCUGCUAAUGGCGAAAUAGAUGCCAAUGUUUCCGGGUUCUUAAUUCUCCGGCAGGGCAUUCGGCAGAAUCUCCUCCGAAAUAUCACUUUAUAUAUUCAUCCGCACCGCCACCACCGCAUAUAUUCACCUGCACCGCCACCACCGCGCGACCGUGGGAUACUUUCCUGGAGUAUGCACCAAUCACAGAAUAACGUUGUGGAAAGAAGAAUCGAAGCCAACCAAAAAUGGCGGGGAAUACCUGGGGAAUGUGGGGGGACACGCCGUGAUCGACCGGGACCAGACCUCGGAGGUCCAAAGGCACGGUUUGUUUGUUGGUUAUAACGCGAUAUUGGAGGACUUAUUCACCUCAUGGAUAUCAAAUUGGCCCCAUAGCGGGAUGAUACUAUGAGUUACCCCUCUCUAUGUACGGUUUAUCGUGGACGUAAUGAUGAAGUUGGUUAGUUAUUUCUCUUAGCUCCCAGACCUCCAUUGUUAUUGCACAGGGAUAAUUAUAAAGGUAAUUAGCUAGGAAAAGAGUAUAUAAAGAUCAUCACAUACCCAUAAAAUUGAAAGAUCAGCACUCUCUGCCAUCGUCUCAUUCCCAUCAACGGAUUAGCUUUGAAGCAAGAAUCUCAUAAUGCGCGGCAUCGCCACAUGUUUGGCGUGGGCCUUGUCCAUCACUUCCACGUAUGCUGCACCUCCAGCAGGAGCAGGUCCUAAGAAGUGUGCUGUUACGGAAUUCUCCCAGCAGACAAUCUUCGUUCCGCCUCGGGAUUACAACACUCCAAAGACUCUCUAUGGUCGUACCGCCCAACUCGAGGAUGGAACUCUGCUCGCGACUUGGGAAAACUACUCUCCCGAGCCACCAAUUGUCCACUACCCCAUCUACAAAAGCACCGACAAAGGCAAGACCUGGGCCCAAUUUUCCACCGUCAAAGACACCGUAAACGGCUGGGGCCUCCGCUACCAGCCCUUCCUCUACGUCCUCCCCCGCGCCAUCGGCACCUUCAAAAAAGGCACCAUCCUCUGCGCCGGCAACUCCCUCCCCACCGACCUCAGCAAAACCAAGAUCGACAUCUACGCCUCCCGCGACUCCGGCAAGACCUGGACCUUCGUCUCCAGCGUCGCCUCCGGCGGCCGCGGCAUCCCCAACAACGGCGAGACACCCGUCUGGGAACCCUUCCUCCUCGUCCACAAGAACGAGCUCAUCGCCUACUACGCCGAUCAGCGGGACCCGGAACAUGGCCAAAAGCUGUCGCAUCAGGUCACUUCGGACCUCGUGAACUGGGGCCCGCCGGUCGAUGAUGCCUCGUCUGCUACGUACGAUAAUCGCCCUGGGAUGACGACCGUCGCGCGCCUGCGCAACGGCGAUUACCUCAUGCUGUAUGAGUUUGGCGGCGGCUAUAAUCCCGCUAACAGCGGGUGGUUCCCCGUGUACUAUAAGAUUGCUGCGGACCCGAGGAAAUUCGAUGAGGCGGAGGAGAUGGUGAUUAACGCGGGUGGCGUCGUGCCGACGGGGUCGCCGUACGUUGUUUGGAGCCCGUCGGGGGGGAAGAAUGGGACUAUUGUUGUGAGUGCUGCGAGCCACUCUGAGGUCUUCGUCAAUACCAAGGCGGGUGAUAAGGAUGCGUGGGUCAUGCAUAAGACGCCUCAGGAGAGUGCGUAUACGAGGAGCUUGCUGGUCAUGGAUGACCCAGACUACUUGCUUAUUCUGGGCGCUGGGCAGUUGGGCGGUGAUAACAAGGUGACGGAUACUGUUAUGAGGCUGCCAAACCUGUAAUUUAGGCAUUCUUGGGGAUGGGGAUGGGGAUGGCUAGUUGAAGUUUAUUUAGAGACAGUGAAUGAAGC